AUGGCCUCAUCCGUCUCAUCAAUGGCGCAGUGCAUGGCCACCGCGACGCGGACGUCUUUCCGACGACAGAUGUGUUCUCCGUCUGUCGCGCUGCGGGCAUCACCACCAGGACGGUUCACAACACGAUCGUUUUCUCAAUUCCGAACACAACAGCAACAAAAAAUCAACUCCCUCUCCUCACGCUGCUCCUUUUCUACAUCUACUGCUCGCUCCGCCGCCGGAAAACAAACAAUGGGCCAGCUCAAAUCGCGUCAGCGCAACGGUCCCUUUUCAUGGAAGGCAGCAUUACUAUUCGUUGCGACGGGGGCUGCCAUGAUUAUUUACUUCCGAGUUGAAAAGGCCCGCCUCGAGCGGAAACGAGUUACGGAGAUGAGCAAGGGGGUUGGAAGACCCAAGGUCGGCGGAUCGUUUGUGUUGAAGGAUCUGGAGGGCAAGGAGUUUACGGCGGAGGAUCUCAAGGGGAAAUAUAGCUUUGUGUACUUUGGCUUCACGCACUGCCCCGACAUCUGCCCUGACGAGCUCGACAAAAUGGCCGCCAUCAUCGACAACGUCAAAGCCGCCUCAGACGGCGCCGAAGUCAUGAAACCCGUAUUCAUCACCUGCGAUCCCGCGCGCGACACGCCCGAAGUCCUCAAAAAAUACCUCGCCGAGUUCCAUCCAGAUAUCAUCGGGCUGACGGGCACGUACCAGCAAGUGAAGCAGGUCUGUAAAGCGUACCGGGUGUAUUUCAGCACGCCGGAGAAUGUCACGGCGGGCGAGGACUAUCUUGUCGAUCACAGCAUUUAUUUCUACCUCAUGGACCCCGAGGGUGACUUUGUCGAGUGUGUUGGUCGCCAGGAUACACCGGAGAGCGCGACGAGGCUGAUUAUGCAGCAUGUCAAUGACUGGAAGAGGGAGGGCAAGCCUUUGGCCUGA